AUGUCUAUUCCCCCUGAAGCCUGGAAACUACUCGAGGAGUUUCAUUUGUCUCCAGAGUUCCUGUCAGAUUCUUCUUUGAGUGAUGCUCCGAGUGAUUUUGAUUGGGACGAGCCUGAUCUAACACCGAGACUCCCUGUCAUAUCAGUUCCCUCAAAUAUUAGCCGAAAGAGUUCCCCGGAGAGUCCUCCACAAAGCCCCCCUUGUAUCCCACUGCCUAUGAACGAGAACCCUCAAACUCCUGUGAAAAGUACACUCUUCCUCAAACCAGAGUCGAACAAAGCCCCCCGUAUCAAACCACCAAAACUAUCCCCUUACUUUCCAAGAGUAUUACCCGGUGCCGAAUCCUGUCUGCCAUUUCCGCCAAUCGAUGCGCCAUCUUUCGGGCUCAUCCAAGAACAACUUGCACACGACCCGUUUCGUUUGCUCAUUGCAACUAUUUUUCUGAAUCGCACACGGGGUGGAGUUGCUUUGCCCGUGUUGUUCCAGGUCUUUGGUCGCUUUCCAACAAUCGAGGCCAUGGCAGCAGCAGACGAGGCAGAAUUUGUGUCGAUGAUACGUUGCUUAGGAUUCCAAAACCAGCGCGCAAGAAAAUGCAUUGCACUUGCACAAACAUGGCUUACAACCCCUCCACACAAAAACAAGAGAUAUCGCAAACUACACUAUCCGCACAAACUGGACGGUCGAGAUGUUGGCCGUGACGAAUGCAUCGACGAAGAAGAUCUACGAGUUGCCUGGGAAGUCGCGCAUUUGCCUGGAGUUGGAGCCUAUUCUCUUGACAGCUGGCGCAUUUUCUGCCGCGACCAACUGCGUGAGAAAGCCUCUGACUGGCGGGGAACCGGUGCGACAGAAAUAGGAUUUGUGGCUGAGUGGAAGUGCGUUUUGCCACAAGAUAAAGAGCUACGUGCGUACCUGUCAUGGAUGUGGCUCAAGGAAGGUUGGAUCUGGGAUCACAAUACGGGUGACUUGACGCCCGCUAGUGACAAGAUGAUGAGAGCUGCUCAUAGUGGAGGAAUCGCCCAUGAGGAAGAUGGCAACUGGGUGCUUGAGACUUCCCCUGUCAAAAGGCUGUGA